AUGGAUUCGUUACUGAUCAAUUUGCUCUUCCAAAUUAAGAACAGUAAACAGAUAAUAGUAUUUUUGAAGAAAGCAAAAAGUACUUCUUACUUGCCUUUACUCAACUUCAAUAUGCCUUAUAAUUUGCUUUAAUUUUUCAAUGUCAUUUCUCAGGCAACAAAUCUCUAAUUAGUUGAUGUCACUCACAUCAAGCAGAUAAUAAAUCCCGAGGGUGAAAUGGAGUAUGACUAAGAAAUGAUUUAUGGAAUUAACUUUUAGUUGAUGGGUUUCUCAUCUUAUGAUAUCUAUGAGAAUAUGGGUCCAGAGCUUUUGCUGUUCCUCAUGAAUUUAGCAAUGUAUGUAGUAAUUAUGUUCACAAGGUUCAUCAAAGAAGUCAAGAUAUUCAAAGCGAUCCACAAGUAUCUGGUAAACAAGUUUAUUUUUGAUUUCGGAUUGAGAUUAGUACUUGAAUUAUACCUUUACUAUUGCGUAGUAAUAGGUCUUCAAUACUAUUAACAUCUAAUUUAUCCUUAAUUUACUAGAAAUGCUAGUUUGUUGAUAGCAUUAGGAUCAUUUUUGCUUUUGGCAGUAUUCCCUAUUUUGAACUUAAUUAUUAUAUUAAAGCUUAAGUCGAAUAAUGGAUUAGAACUAUAUUUCUCACCCUUAAUUGAAGAUUUGAGAUCUUCUGAUUUCAAAAGCAAACUACAAAGGAUAUUAUUUAUGUUGAGAAGAAUCUCCUUUGUUCUCUCUAUAUUCAUUCUUGGCAAUUCUCCAGCGAUACAAAUAUUCUUUAAUCAAUUGAUUUGUAUUUUAGAGAUAGUAUUCAUCAUUAAAAUUAGACCAUUCUCAAAGAUAUUAAGCAACAGGAUGGAGGUCUUAAAUAAUGUACUGUAUCUAUUUAUUUGCACUGGCUAUCUGCUCUUGACAAAUGAAUAUGAUUAUUACUUAAUGAAAGUGAAUUCUAGUUGGGUUAUUAUGUCGAUGAUUGCAAUUAUUCUGGUUUCAAAUAUAGCAAUCAUUAUUCUAUCCUUUGUGAAAAAGUCCAUGAAAUAUCUUAGGAGAAAGCGAAGACAAAUAAAAAGGAAUAGAAAAAUGAAAUAAAUAAUGAGUUUAAAUGACUAUUCUUCCUUUUUGACAACUUAAGGAUAUUUAAAUACAAAUGGAGUAAAAAAUUUUACUGAGGAAAGUGAAAUUAUUAGCACCGAUAAUUUAAAACAUUUAAAUAUCGAAAAUGACAAAACAAAGAAUAAUACCAAUGACAAGGAUAUCACUAAUCAUUCAAGUUUAAAUUUCAAAAGUCAAGGUAAAAAUUGGGCAUUAGAUUAAAUUGAUGAAGUAAUAACUGAUAAUGAAGAUGGGCCAACCCAAUAAAAAUAUAAAAAAUGA